AUAAUGCUUCCUAGCCCAGUCAUAACCUCAUCUACCACGCCUUUUUCUGUCAAGGACAUUCUGAAGCUAGAGUUGCAACAACAAUCUCAGCAGCACCAGCUCCAACUGAUCUCUCGCCUUGGUUUCCCCGGUGCGCUGUCACAGCCGGGACCUCUCCAGAAUAAAACCUUCCGCUCUCAUUCGCCCCCAUCCUGCAUGUUGGCCGGCAGGGACAGUCCAAGUCCCAUCAGCUCCGGACUCUCGGAGAGCGAGGAGAGGAUGUCGUACCUCAAUAAGCUGACGGGGCAGGACCGACUGACGGAAUCCUGUCUGCCGGGAGAGAUGUUCACCAACGCGGCGCAGAGCCACUCGUCAGACCUGCGGCUGGAGACCGAGCAGGAGGACCCAGAUACCAAGAGCUGCGGUGCUCUGAUGCGAGGAGAGAGUGAGGAGGUGGACUCGGAGAAACCCGCCACCAAACAGCAGAGGACCAGGAGGAAACCCCGCGUCCUCUUCUCGCAGGCCCAGGUCUUCGAGCUGGAGCGGCGCUUCAAGCAGCAGCGCUACCUGUCCGCCCCGGAGAGAGAGCACCUGGCCAGCUCCCUGAAACUCACCUCCACCCAGGUCAAGAUCUGGUUCCAGAACAGGAGGUACAAGUGCAAAAGGCAGCGGCAGGACAAGACACUGGAGAUGGCGGGUCACCACCACCAUCACCACCCACCUCCGCCCAGAAGGGUGGCUGUCCCGGUGCUGGUCCGGGAUGGGAGGCCUUGUCUCGCUGGAUCCCAGAACUAUAACACCUCUUACACAGUCGGAGCUCCAAACCCAUAUGGUUACAACGGCUAUCCAACCUACAGCUACAGCAACUCGGUGUAUUCAAAUACUUAUUCUUGUACUUAUUCUAGUUUACCCGCUCUGCCGCCCAGCAACACCACCGCUAAUGCAUUUAUGAACAUGAAUUUAGGAAAUCUUAGUGCACAGUCCCAAAGCCAGGCUCCCCAAGGAACAAUGGUCACACCCUGCCAAGGAACUCUGCAAGGCAUCCGGGCAUGGUAGCGCAGCUAGUCCCAUUUGUAAUUUGCCUAC